GCCCUGGCUCCUUCGCCACCGUCACCGGAGACGCGAAGCCGAGAGCGCGGAGCGGGCUGGCCCAGAGCUUCAAGUGUGUGUCAUGGCCAGCUCCUCAGACAGUGAAGAUGACAGUUUCAUGGCCGUGGACCAAGAAGAAACUGCACUGGAAGGGACAAUGGAGCAAGAUGAGGACCCACACCCAGUAUUGGAGGUUGAGGAAACAAGACAUAAUAGGUCCAUGUCUGAGCUGCCAGAAGAGGUUUUGGAGUAUAUCCUGUCCUUCCUCUCACCAUAUCAGGAACACAAAACCGCAGCUCUGGUCUGCAAGCAGUGGUAUCGGCUUAUCAAAGGUGUAGCCCACCAGUGUUACCAUGGUUUCAUGAAGGCUGUCCAGGAAGGAAACAUUCAGUGGGAGAGCCGAACUUACCCUUAUCCCGGAACCCCCAUCACUCAGCGCUUCUCCCACAGUGCAUGCUAUUACGAUGCCAAUCAGUCUAUGUAUGUCUUUGGAGGCUGUACCCAGAGCAGCUGCAAUGCUGCCUUCAAUGACCUCUGGAGGCUCGACCUAAAUAGCAAAGAGUGGAUUCGACCGUUGGCCUCAGGGUCCUAUCCUUCCCCCAAAGCUGGGGCCACUCUGGUCGUGUACAAGGACUUGCUAGUGCUAUUUGGUGGCUGGACAAGGCCAAGUCCCUAUCCCUUACACCAACCAGAGAGAUUCUUUGAUGAAAUUCACACGUACUCACCAUCUAAAAACUGGUGGAACUGCAUUGUCACCACGCAUGGGCCUCCUCCUAUGGCUGGCCAUUCCUCCUGUGUGAUAGGUGACAAAAUGAUUGUCUUCGGUGGCUCCUUAGGAUCCCGGCAGAUGAGCAAUGAAGUCUGGGUCCUUGACCUGGAGCAGUGGGCGUGGUCCAAGCCGAACAUCUCUGGCCCCAGCCCUCACCCCCGAGGUGGCCAGUCUCAGAUUGUUAUAGAUGAUGCAACCAUCCUGAUCCUUGGUGGCUGUGGCGGUCCCAACGCUCUGUUCAAAGAUGCCUGGCUGCUGCACAUGCACCCGGGUCCCUGGGCCUGGCAGCCACUUAAGGUAGAAAACGAAGACCAUGGUGCCCCGGAACUGUGGUGUCAUCCAGCCUGCCGGGUGGGACAGUGCGUGGUGGUCUUCAGCCAGGCGCCCAGCGGGAGAGCGCCCCUCAGCCCCAGUUUGAACUCUCGCCCAUCACCUAUCAGUGCCACUCCUCCAGCCCUGGUUCCUGAGACCCGAGAGUACCGCUCCCAGUCCCCAGUGAGGAGUAUGGAUGAAGCUCCUUGUGUUAAUGGCCGCUGGGGAACACUGAGGCCCAGGGCUCAAAGGCAGACUCCCUCAGGUUCCCGGGAAGGGAGCCUCUCCCCAGCCAGAGGAGAUGGCUCUCCCAUCCUCAAUGGUGGAAAUUUGUCUCCAGGGACAGCAGCUGUCGGGGGUGCUUCCUUAGACAGCCCUGUGCAGGUGGUAUCUCCCAGCACUCCAUCCGCCUCUGACGGGUAUGACCUAAAAGUAGGGCUUUCUCUAGCCCCCCGGCGAGGGUCUUUACCAGAUCAGAAGGACCUGAGGUUAAGCUCCAUUGAUGUGAAUUGGGACCUGAAGUCUGCAUCCACUAGCAGUCGUGUGGACAGUACAGACAGCAGGACAGUUGCGGGGAGUGUAAGACACCCUCCCGAACAGACCAAUGGUGUUCACACCCCACCGCAUGUGGCCAGUGCCCUUGCCGGGGCUGUAUCUCCUGGUGCCCUGCGUCGGAGUUUGGAAGCCAUCAAAGCGAUGUCAUCCAAAGGCCCCUCAGCCUCAGCAGCACUAAGUCCUCCUCUUGGGUCUUCUCCAAGCUCCCCUGGGAGUCAGAGCCUGAGCAGUGGAGAAACAGUACCCAUCCCCCGCCCAGGACCAGCCCAAGGAGAUGGUCAUUCCUUACCCCCCAUUGCUCGCCGCCUGGGCCACCACCCUCCACAGUCCCUCAAUGUUGGCAAGCCCUUGUACCAGAGUAUGAACUGCAAACCCAUGCAGAUGUAUGUGCUGGACAUUAAAGACACCAAGGAGAAGGGCCGGGUCAAGUGGAAAGUAUUUACUAGCAGUUCUGUGGUUGGACCUCCUGAAACCAGCCUGCACACAGUGGUACAGGGCCGAGGAGAGCUCAUCAUAUUUGGAGGGCUCAUGGACAAGAAGCAGAAUGUGAAGUACUAUCCAAAAACCAACGCCUUGUACUUUGUGCGAGCAAAGAGAUAAUGUGUUCAACACCCCUUCCCUUUCUGUGUCUUUUAAUUUGGAAUUUUGCAGUGUGCAAACAUUUGGACUGAGACUUGGGAAAACAACAUGACUCCCAUAAACCAAAACUCCAAUUCCAUGCCUAACUUGCUCCAGGCUGGGAUUAAAUCCCCACUAAGGAAAAGAUUAUAUAUAUACAGAUAUAUUAUAUAGCCAACUCUGUUUACAAAUAAAGGCGAGAUCUUCCUCCUGGUUCAGAUCAGCUGUUUCAGUCUUAGUGGAGGCAAUGCUGGCCUUUUCUACUCUGCUGGUAACUAGAGCAGGAAGUAAGGGAACAAACAGCAGUAACUUCCCACAAGAAGCUGAAGAGCCCCGUGAUCUUUCCGUGGCCUUCUCGGAGUCAGAAACCAUGGCCUCGACGGGACACCAAGGAAGAGGCUUCAGAUGCCGCGCUGUAGGAUCAGAGUCAGGACCCGUGAUGGCUCUGGAGAAGCACCCUGUGCCUGGUCCCUUCUGCCCUCUGUGAUCCAGAGAAGUCGCCCAACAAGAAACACUUUCCCACGUGCUGGAGUCGUGCUGAAACAAUGUCAUAGAGCCGCCAUCCCUCCGUCUGCCUCCUGCCUGUCCAUGGUCUUUUUGGGUCCUUUCUACGUGUCUCAGCAAACACUCAGUGUCGAUUAGGGGAUUUUCUGACAAUCGUGUUUGGUUGCAAGUUGCCAAACCAUACUUGUUUUCCUUUUAGAACUGGGUCCUGAGAGGUCUGUCCUGUCUGUAGGCUGCUCCCUUUCCUUCUGUGGUUUGGUUUGGUUUGGUUUGGUUUGGGAUGUUUUGUUGAAUUUUUUUGUUCUAUUUGGGGCAUUUGGCCUUUUUUUGUUUACUCAUUUAAAGCACCAGAACUUUAUCACUUCUUCCUCUCUGACAAAACUCCAGUGUCCACAGAAUUCAGACAUUUUAGAGCCUUCCUGGCACCCUCAGGGCCCGUUGGGAUCGACCCACGCAGUGUGCUGGUCUACACCUGUGACCCUAGCACUCAGGGCAGAGGCGGGAUGAUUUCAGGUUUAGGAAGCCUGGAUAAUGAUGAGACCCUCAACAAAACAAAUUAAGAUGCCAGGAUUAUUUUAACAAAAUCUGUGAAGCAUCAAAAGACACCUUUUAUUUUUUUCCAAGGCAGAUCUCACUACGUACCUCACAGAUCCUCCUGCCUCUGCCUGUCACUUGUGACACCACCCUGUGUGCUGUGCUGUUGACAAGUGACUGGCCUGAGUAUCAUGUCCUUGACGUUGGAGAUACACACUGACCUGGGGGUAGCUCCGUCCUUCAUGUCGUCUUGUCCCUGUGUCCCCCAAACCAGGACAGUGGUUGGUUUGUUUUGUUGUUGUUUUUAAUAGAGAAAGCUAUAAAUUAGUGGUCUCUCAGCCACAGCCUGGACACAGGAAAAAUCAAAGUAAGAUUAUUUCAAAUGACAAUGCAACUCUGGUUUUGGUGGUUUCUCAUCAGUGGGUAAAGGAUUUUUAUUUUGCCUUUAAAACAGAACUUGAAACAACAACAGCAGCAGCAGCAGCAUCACCCCACCCCCGGCAGCAUCUCCCAGGCACAGGGCUGCUGCAGCUUGGCCUAGCUCAUGGCCAGCACUCCACCUAUCAGACCGACAGACAAGUGUGUCAGUCUGCUCUCAGCUGUUAGCUUUGCUCUAGUUAUCUUGGCAAGAGCGCGCACGCACAUGCACAUACACACACACACCCCAGUCUCGAAGCCCCAGAAAGGGCUGGCUCUAGAGGAGGGGUAUGCACUCUGGAGCUGCUCCCAGGGGAACACCCCUGUGCCUACUUCCUGCGUGCCCCACCACUCCAGCUCCCUGCUCUGUUGCUGCUGCCAGUCCUUUGGCCAAGACUGUGGGGUCUUGACUCAAGAGAUGAGGCCAGCACAUAAGCAGCCUAGCAUUCAUUGCUGAACCCUCUUUGUGGUGUUUGCAUGUGGAUGGCGCCUGUGGACUUGGUCUCUACUUAAACAUCAACUAUGAGGACACCUGAAAAUUCAGAAUCUCUACUUUGUAGUCUUUCUCUUUCCCUGUGGCCUUCCUAAGCUGGUUGUCAACUGUUGAUUCUUCGACUUUUCCCAAGUAGACAGGCAGGAGAAAUAGUAAGCGAUGCGAAGCGAUGGGUUCCUCUGCACUCUGGGGUCCUGGGGCACUGCUGAGAGCCAGGGGUCUGCAGUCCCUCCUGAGAAAACAGAUCGAGUCUCGCCUGCACCCAGCCCUGUGGGACUUGGUGGUCCCUGAGCCCUGUAGAUGUUGCUGUGGGAAGCAGCUCAGCAGUGGAGAUGGUGGUCUCCUCAGCCUCAUGAGGCUGAGCGUUUACUACGACUUCCAGUAUCUCAGCAGAGCUCAGCAUCCCCACACCACCAUCAGUUCAGAUUUAACUACGACCCCUUUGACACGAUACCAAUUUUGUCUUAAAAUUCACCAAGAGACAUGAGACAAAAUAUUUUGUUUGAACCCUCAGGAGCACCUAAAGAAAAUAUUUAUCAGUAUUUAAGUAUUUAAAAAUACAUCUUGUUUCUACUUGAAGCUUUAACCCUUUCCAUUCCUGCAAGUGUGCCUUUGAGAGCCCUCGGUCAUAUUAACGUCAGCCAUUUUGUUGGCCUCCUGUGAGAGUUCUGGACGCUGCUCUGCUCCUGAAAGAGCUUCCUGUUCAUGCAUGCUACACUGUGCAGCAGAGAACAUUCGUUUUCACUCCUGUUUCUGCCUUUCUUCCUUGCCUGGGAUGUGGGCUCCGCCAACCCCGCCUUCUGAUUUUAAUGUUUGAGCUCUGGCAAGCACUGAAACCAUCAACUGUGGAGGAGUGGUCUUGGUACUCCCUGAGGAGAGGAGAGGAGAGGAGAGGAGAGGGCAGGGCAGGGCAGGGCAGGGCAGCACUGCAGGAGGCUCAAUUGGAAAGACAGGAAGCUGCUGCAGUGGAGCAAGGGGACCCUCCCUUCAUUUGUCUUUUAAGUUCCUUCUGCUUUGCUUUCUCCCUUCCCCUUCAGUCUGUCCAUCUGUCUGUCCUUGUCCUCAUGGUGACUCUGGCAUGGUGAUGCACUCUGUUUGCAUUAUCUGUGGUCUCACCAGCACAGACGACAGCGGGGAGGAUCUGAAGGAGUCCAGGGUGAGGAAGCCUAGCCUCAGGGACAGCUCUGCUGUCAUCUGCAGGUGGCCUCUUGCUGCCCCCAUCCUUGGGAAUGAAAGCCAACCUCUGGCUCCACUCUGCUCGCUCUGCCCCCUCCUACCAACCAGGGCUCCCGUCAGCGCGCACCCACCGUGCCCUGGCAAAGCUGGUGCUGUGAGUGAUGUUUCCCAUACAACCAGGGGUGCCGGCGGCGCACUCCAAUAGUCAUUUUAGGCACAUCACAGUGUAGGAAUGAAAAUGGAUUCCAUGGAUAUUUAAAUCUGUCAGUUUCAUUUUGUUAAUGUUUUCCCCGAUGACUUUUUAGCAAUUUAACAAAUAAAACAACAGACUGAAUUGUC